AUGUCCAGAACAACUCCAUUUAUAUCAAUUAUCCUGGUUUUCAUUUGCUUUUGCCAAUCAGUGCCUACUGCGACAUCAGCUCCAAAUGUGUUGAAUGUAUUUGCUGGCGACACCAACCAGUAUGCCAGAGUGAACCUGACCUCUGGUGCAUUGAUGGCCAAUCAGUCACCCAAUCAACUUAAUUGCCAACCCACCCUGUUGGGAAUCGUUGGCUACCAAGGCAAAGAUGGUGUUCUGGUCAAUGGCUUCUCUGGUUGCAAUUGGAAUGCGCAAGUGUAUCUCUACAACGUCACCACCAACAAUUACACACCGUUGUACGCGGCUGGCUCAUUCCAGAUUGACACAAUGGGUGGCAAUGACAUCAACUAUCAAAUGUUCAACCAUAGCAUCUUCUACAUGAGUUUCUCCCUCAUAUACAACAAAUACAAUCUGGCUGUAUACUCGCUCACCUCCUCAGGACAGAAUGUGUACUACCUCAUUGAGAUGAGUAAUGAGAUAAACACAUUCAAUGGAUACUUGGAUGAGAGCACAAGCAUCUACUACAUGGCCUACCUCUACCAAAACAACUCGAUUGCAAUUUAUCAGAUGAAAGUUUCUGGCAAUUUUGUUGUUGAGAAAGAAGAAGAAGAAGAAGUCGAGCAGGAACCAGUCUACUUUGACAUCCCAGAGAUGAGUCUGGAGCAUUGCGUCAAUAACUCUGCCAGCGGUGAGCAGCUGGUCACUGCCUACACCUACCUCGCCUUCCAAGUGUACCAGGGCAAAUUGUUUGUGGGCACCGGAUGUCGAAACCCUGGCUCACCUCUCUACUUUGCCCAACUGGACAUGGACACUGGCAAUCACAAGGAGAUUCUCUCCAUCCCCCACGUCACCAUUCCAGGCUUUGAGGAAGCCUUUGUAUUUGAUCCUGUCACUGGCUAUGUCGCAGGAUUCGUCCAUGUCAGCAACAGCACUCUUCAAGUGAACAUGAUCAACCUCAACACAUUGGAUGUCACCCAGAGUACCAUUCCCAACUACUUCCCCAACUACACCUCUGUCAUGUCAAUUCAAGCAAUCUAA